AUGAUUGGGAAUCUUCUGAACCAGUUAAACAAGAAAAACUCAACUCCAACAGCUACAACUGGUCUUCGACCUUACAGAGGUCGUAAUCGUUUGGAUAAGGCAUUGGGCUACGAUACCAGUUUCCCCGCUUCCGAUUUUAUUGAUGACAUUAAUUUCAUGAAUUUCGAUGUCCAUGCAGAUGCCACAG